AUGUCUGCCACAUCGGGUGAAUCGAAACCCAUUCAUAUUCUCUUCGUCGGCGCUGGCGCUGUCGGUUGCUUUUAUGCAUCGCGCUGUCACCAUGUGAGUCCGACGAUAACUACUCUCGAUGCUAUGAGAGAUUCUGACUAUGGUCAGCCGUCCGCGAACAUCUAUGUAUCAUUGAUCUGCCGUUCCAAUUACGCCACCAUCUCACGAUCCGGCGUCACCCUUGAGACACGCAGCUUUGGAAACUACCACUUCAAGCCUCAUGCGGUCUACUCCUCUAUUUCCCACGCAGCCACGUCGCCUGACGCGCCCCCGGAGGGAUGGGAUUACGUCGUGGUCACCACCAAGGCCCUGCCUGAGAUUACCGACGACUCGAAGGAGAUUGAGCCGCUCAUCCGACGAGCGCCGGAUGGAAAGACCUGUAUCGUGCUGAUUCAGAAUGGGGUGGGCAUCGAAGAGGCCCAUCGCAAGAGAUUCCCCCGGAACCCGAUCGUCAGUGCUGUGACGGUCAUCAGCGCCGAGCAAAUCAGCCAUGGUGUCGUCCGCCAGAACCGCUGGACACGCAUCAGCCUGGGCUCAUACUCGGACGGUCGUGGAGGAGAGACGCCGGAAAUGAAAGAGGUCUCCAAGCGAGGGGACGAGUGCGCCCGCGAACUCGCUCGCAUCCUCACCGAUUACGGAAAACUGCGCGACGCCGAGUACCACGACGAGACGGAUCUGCAGCUCAUCCGCUGGCACAAGAUCUGCAUCAACGGCUCAAUGAACCCAUCUGCCGUGCUGUCGGGGGGCCUUGGCAACGCGACCAUGGUCCGCGACCCCGACCUGCGCGAACAUCUCAAAGGCUGCAUGGACGAAGUAUUUGCGGCCGUGCCGGCGAUCCUGAAGAGGGAGUUCCCUCCCAGUCUGGCGAAGCCAGAGAAGAUUCUCGCCAGCACGGAGAGAAACGUUGGUGCGAAGCCCAGCAUGCUGCUCGACUGGGAGGCAGGUCGGCCGAUGGAGUUGGAAGUUAUCCUGGGAAACCCCAUCCGGAUCGCCCGCGCGCACGGGGUGGAAAUGCCCAGACUGCAAACAUUGUAUGCUUUGUUGAAGUCAGCGAGCAAGGCGAGGGAAGAAGCAAAGAAGAAGCAGACCACGCGGACGUCAAAUCUAUGA